GCAUUUCGUGCGGGAGGUUUCUGCAAGGAAUCCCUUCCUGGCAUUUGCUGACAUCAAAACCUCACGAAAGGAUGAUGCCAUUGUGGUGGACUGGGACAGUGAUGGCGAUUUGGACGUGAUUUUGAGGACCACCACAGAACUCCUGCUGUUUGAAUCCAAGCCAGGCGGCAAGUUCGUUCGGGUGGAGCCAAAUCCUUUCAAGGGCAUUCCCGGCAAUCCCUUUUCCAGCUCUUUGAUCGGGGAUUGCAUGCCGGCGGUGGUGGAUUGGGACCGAGACGGAGAACUCGACCUCAUCAUAGGAGCGAAGGAUGGUAUUGAGUUCUACCAUAGGGGCUUCGACAGAGAACUCCACCAGAGAACAGGGGCAGACAAUCCGUUUCAACACAUCAGAACGAAGAAGGGAGGUCCUUGCAGUGAUCUCUCUGUAGCUGAUUGGGAUGGUGAUGGUGACCUUGACCUCCUUGUUUCUGAUUUGCAUCUCCCAAUGCGCUACUUCGAACAAGUAGAUGGCAGACUGGUCUCGGUGGAUGAGGACAGGAACCCUUUCCAUCACAUUCUCCAGAACUCCAUACAGCGAAGGCCUUUCAUGGUGGAUUGGAACGGCGAUGGCCGCUUGGAACUGCUACUCAUGCCAAACAUCCUGGAGAGACUCGGACAUGCACAAGGAUUCUUUGCGGACGAGCUGUGCUCUGUGGAACUGUAUGAGCGAGACUAUUCCCAAGAUCCUGAAAUACUGCGGCAGAGUCUCGACCCCCUUCUUCUCAAUCGGGGCUGCAGCAAUUUCACUGGCUCUGGUGUCUCCCUUGCUGACUUAGAUGGUGACGGAGAUUUGGAUGCGGUCUUUGGUGCAGAUGGAGCACCUUUGCAUGUCUUUGAACACACUCCAAGCGGUUGGCGUAGUGCAGGCCCAACUGGGAUUGAUUCUGACUCAAUACCACUGGAUGCGAUUCCACUUGACAGUGCCGAUCCCUCAAAUCCUUCAUUCAGGAAGAAUCUGCUCCGUCCAGUCCUUGCGGACUGGGACUUGGAUGGUGACCUGGACUUAGCACUUCUUCAUGACAAUGGUCUCAGGGGUGGGAACCGCUACUUCGAGCAUCAAUCAGAUGGGACUGUCAGGGAAAUCAAUGAUACCCACUUGUCAAGGUUGAAUGCCAACUGUUCCAUGAAUUGGAGAGUGGGCUUUAGCUUCGUCGACUUCGAUGGGGACGGAGCGAAGGAUCUGGUGGGCUUUGACCGAAACUUCAAUGUUAUCAUUUGUGUGCGCACUUCUUCGGGGUUUGAAAUGGUGAGUGCUGAAAGGGAUCCCUUCUACUGGGGGCCGCGGCAAAAUGCAAGCUGCUUCUUGAAGUACGGUGACCGCUGCCCAUGGGACAAUGACUAUCCUUUUGGCUGGUUUGGCAUAAUGGGGUUUCCUUCUUUUUUAGAUUGGGACGGAGAUGGAGAUGUCGACAUGCUCAGAAUCAAUGCAGCCAACCAGGUUUAUUUGUAUGAGCAGCUGCCGAACUACACUUUUUUCCCGCAACCUUUGGCGGUUCCGAAUGCCCGCGACUACGUGGCGGCAGAUUUCGAUGGAGAUGGUGAUAUUGAUGUGAUGAUCUCCUUACACAAGUCGAACCAGCGGUUGUAUUUUGAACGCCGCAGCGACGGAACGCUGGACCAGCUGUAUGACACCGAUAACCCAUUCAACGCCAUUGGCCAGACCACUCAUGAUGAUUCGUACCUUGGUGAAACAAACGCUCAGAGAGCUCCUAUUCAGUGGGCACGAUCCACUCUGGGUGAUUGGAAUGGAGAUGGUGAUGUAGACCUGGUGGUGGUGGAUGAGUCCAAGGUGAGUCUGUGGAUAAAUCAACGGAUGGAGGCUUUCGCUGAAGUUUCUGGAAGCGAAAACCCAUUUGGACCGCUGGGGUUUCCCAUGGAAACGGUGGUGGGCGUGGUGAACACCACGAGAGGUCAGAAAUUGGACCUGGUGGUUCCACAUUUUUACGAAGUGCCAGGCCCUGCUGUCAAAAAUGGAAGCUAUGGCUAUUUCCAGCAGCAGAUGAGUGGAGAGCUUUUAGAACAGCAUGGUGCCAAGAACCCCUUUGAUGGUUUGGAGUUUGCCGAUUGGAGGCUGGCCUAUAGAGCCGUGGUCAAGUCCUUGGUGGUUGACUUUGACGGAGAUGGCGACUUGGACAUCAUCAGUGGAGAACUGGCCUACCGACGGAAUGAUGCCGGGCACUUCAAGGUUGUGUUGCCUGAGGAUCCUGCCUAUCCUUUCCGCGGGAUCUUUGACAACAAGCACUCGCAGUGGACCUUCGUGGACUGGGAUCACGAUGGCGACCUCGACUUUGUGCAGGCCUUCAUGCCGCUGCAAACCAUUGAGCUCCGCCGCUGGGCGCUUGGGGAGAUCCUGGAGAUGAAGAGGAAUGGGACCAGCCAAGCAGAGAUUAACGCCUGGAUGCAGAAAGUGAUGGGUGCCGAGCUACGCUUCUACCGCCAGGAUGGAGAUGGACGUACUAACAUCAGCUGGACUGAGCUCGCAGGGACAGCCAACCCUUUUCAUCACAUCGGUGGCCUGGGGGUCGACUUUGCGUGCCCGGCUGUGGUCGAUUUGGAUGGUGAUGGUGAUUGGGAGUUGGUAGUGGCCACAAAAGACGGCUUGCGAUAUUUCGAACAGAUGGAGGGCGCCUUUCAGAAAGCAGCUUCCAAUCCGUUCGCUGAUGUGACCCCGCACAUGACUGAUGGUGCCUUAUGUCCGGUGCCCAUAUUUGUAGAUUGGGAUGGUGAUGGUUCCAUUGACUUGGUGUUGACCGGAACCGACAAAGUCCAGUAUUUCCAGCGGAGGGUUUGCAUGCCAUCCCUUCCAUUUUGCCAACAGGGCAAAUGCAAUGAGCAGACCUCAACAUGUGAAUGCUUUCCUGGUGCUGAGGGCAGGGACUGCACCCUUUGUGGCGACUUCCACGUCCGUGCUGAGGGUCUUUGCCGGAAGUGUCCUGGUUGGGACUCGCCAGCAGGCACUUGCAGUCGCCGAGGUAUGUGUGACGAUGAUGCCGAUGCAAGGAGCAAACGUUUGGCCUCAAACGCUUCCAAAGCAACGCCCGCAACAGGCAGUGGCAAUUGCACUUGUUCGGAGCCAUUCUAUGGGGAAACGUGUGAACAUGGCCUGUGUCCACCAGGGCAGCGGCUGGACCGAGACGCGCAGGUGGACAUGCGCAGUAAAAAGUAUCCAAAGUGGGAAGCUUGUGUCCCUUGCCAGUCUGGCAAAGUUAAGAAUCAUUCUGGAAUUGAAGAGUGUUCAACCUGUCCUGGUGGCUACAUCCCACUCAAUGGCACCAGCUGUGUUGCAUGUGAAGCGGGAACGACUCCAUCACCAGAUCACAACAACGAAAUCUGCAUGCCGUGCCCCAUUGGCUCGGUGGCCGGCUCCGGCAAUGCAAGUUGCACACCAUGUGAGGCUGGUGAAGCGCCAAGCGAGGAUCGAAGCCUUUGCAUUCUCUGCGCGUCUGGCUCAGUUGCAAGGCCCCGCUCUGGCAAGUGCCGUGCAUGCGGUGCAGGUUUUGUUCCAAACCAAUGGAAGAGUGACUGCCAGCCGUGUACUGGACAGAUGUAUGCCUUGCCUGGUGAUGAUUUUUGCCAAGCGUGCGCUUUUCCAUCGAUGAUUUUGGGAGAGGACAACUGGUGCACCCAGCUGUACACUUGGCUCUUCCUGUUGGCCUUCUUCCUUUUGGUGUUCUUAGUGUUGGCCGUCUUUGGACGGAUGCGCCUGCACUGUUUGAAGAGACGCCUCAAGAAGAUCACUGCAGCAAAGGAUUGGGAGGAGUUGCAUGCAACACAAGCCACUUCGUUGGAAUACGGCCUCUGGAAGCGCAGAGCGAGUAGAGAGCUAUCGGAUCGAAAGCACGAAGUCAAGUCGCAGUCUUUCCAGCUCGGCAUUUCCUUACAGUUCGUUUUUGAACAGCUUGAGGAUGUUUACAAGGAGACAGCUGGAAAGGCAGAGUGGCGCCUUGACGAGUGGGGUCCCGUGACCAAGAGUGGCUACUUGGUGAAGGUCCGCAAUUGUGGUAUUCAACUUGAUGACCCCAUUGGUGCUUGGAAUGCUUUGCCGAUAUGCGAUUACCCAAAGGAUCCCAAUUUCCACCAGGUGGCAGGGGUUUUGGCAUAUGGCCCUUGGGCUUUGGGGAAGCACAUGUGUUGCCCCCGUGACGGCCAGCCCGAUUGCAGUAUUGUGGACGCGCUACAAGCACAAUCCAAGAGUGCGAAAGCAACAUGGUUCCUCUCCUGGGUUUGGGGCUACAAGUUUUCAACCGUGUACAAGGCGUUGGCCCGAUGGUGGGAAAGACACAGGAUCGUGUCCGGUGCUGGUUUGGAGGAUGGCAUCUACAUGUGGUGGUGCGUCUUUGUGAACAACCAGUUCAGGAUGUUGGAAGCUGGUCAAGUGGAAGAACCAGACGAUUUGUUCGAUGUCUUUGGCCAGCAGUUGCAGGGCAUUGGCAAGAUGCUCAUGUGCUUAGACAAAAUGCGCGGUGGCCAAUACACUACCAGAAUUUGGUGCAUUUUUGAAGUAUUUGUUGCGUGCCAAAGGAGCAUUCCAACCACGGUGAUCCUUCCCGAGCUGGAGGUGGGUGCGAUUGCAUCUUUGGAGGAGUUGACCCAUGAAUGCCGAGUUGAUGCUGAGCAGGCGAAAGCUUCCGUCCAAGCGGAUGCUGAUGCCAUUAAAGAUCACAUCAAACAGAAACACCAGUCCUUUGAGUACGUGAAUCGAACAGUGGAACAUGCGCUGUGGUGUGAAGUCAUCGAAUUUUUGGAGAGCAGCAAGAAAGGAGGCGCUGGCCGACCCAGCCAGUUGGGCCCUGGGAGCACGUCGACGGGGCCGCCCACCAGUGGCCCGGCCGAGUCGACCAUGUCGGAGUCCAUGGCCACAGAUAUGGCAGCGGAACAUGGGAAGUGCAACCUUCAAUGA